AUGGCGGCGGCGCGGGCCGGCCUGAGGUGGCUGGCCCUAAGGCUUCUGCUGCUGGUGGUGGGGCCGGGGGUCCUUGUAAGGACGGACCCUGCGCGGGACGAUCUGCGUGAGGAGCUGGUGGUCACCCCGCUCCCCUCCGGGGACGUGGCCGCCACCUUCCAGUUCCGCACGCGCUGGGCCUGGGACCUGCAGCGGGAGGGAGUGUCUCACUACAGGUUGUUCCCCAAGGCCCUGGGGCAGCUGAUCUCCAAGUACUCCGUGCGAGAGCUACACCUGUCGCUGACCCAAGGCUUCUGGCGGACUCGCUACUGGGGCCAGCCCUUCCUGCAGGCCCCGACCGGCGCCGAACUCUGGGCCUGGUUCCAGCCUUCUGUCGCUGAUGUCGAUAAAUCCUGGAAGGAGCUCAGCAACGUCCUCUCGGGGAUCUUCUGCGCCUCCCUUAACUUCAUCGACUCCACCAAUACCGUCACCCCCACGGCUUCCUUCAAACCCUUGGGGCUGGCCAAUGCCACGGACCACCGACUCCUGCGUUACGCCGUCCUGCCCCGCGAGGUGGUCUGCACCGAGAACCUCACCCCGUGGAAGAAGCUGUUGCCCUGCAGCUCCAAGGCCGGCCUCUCGGUGCUGCUCAAAGCCGAGCGUUUAUUCCACAGCAGCUAUCACUCGCAGGCCGUGCAUAUCCGCCCCGUGUGCAGAGAUGCCCGCUGCACCGGCGUCUCCUGGGAGCUGAGGCAGACGCUGACGGUCGUCUUCGACGCCUUCACCACGGGGCAGGCGAAGAGAGACUGGUCGCUUUUCCGCAUGUUCUCCCGCACCCUGACGGAGCCCUGUCCCCUGGCCACGCAGAGCCGCGUCUACGUGGACGUCUCCGGCAACGCCCAGGACGGCGAGGCCCUGGAGGUGAGCCCACCCCCCAAGGACACCUACCAGGCCGUCGUCCUCGGGGAGCGGAGGACCUACGCCGUCUUCGACCUGCUGGACCCGGCUACCUUCAACGGGUCCCGGAGCCUCAAUCUCCAGCUGAGGGGCAAGCGGCCCCAGGAUGGGGCUCCUCUUCCGGUGCCCUUCUUGCACGCGCAGCGGUACGUGAGCGGCUACGGGCUGCAGCAGGGAGAGCUGAGCACCCUCCUGUCCAACACCCAUCCUUACCGGGCCUUCCCCGUGCUGCUCCUCGAGACGGUGCCCUGGUACCUGCGCCUUUACGUCCACACGCUGGUCAUCACCACCAAGGGCAAGGACAACAAGCCAAGCUACAUCCACUACCAGCCGGCCCAGGACCGACAGCGACCCCACCUCCUGGAGAUGCUCAUCCAACUCCCGGCCAACUCCGUCACCAAGGUGUCCAUCCAGUUUGAGCGCGCCCUGCUCAAGUGGACCGAAUACACCCCCGAUCCCAACCACGGCUUCUACGUCAGCCCGUCGGUGCUCAGCGCCCUGGUGCCCAGCGUGGUAGGAGUCAAGACGGCCGACUGGGAGGAGAGCCCUCUGUUCAGCACGCUGUUCCCCGUGUCCGACGGGUCCAGCUACUUCGUCCGCCUGUACACGGAGCCGCUGCUGGUGAACCUGCCGACGCCGGACUUCAGCAUGCCCUACAACGUCAUCUGUUUGACCUGCACCGUGGUGGCCGUGUGCUACGGCUCCUUCUACAACCUCCUGACCCGCACCUUCCACCUGGAGGUGCCCAGCCGGGGCGGCCUGGCCAAGCGCCUGGCAAACUUGAUCCGCCGGGCCCGGGGCGUCCCCCUUCUCUGAUCUGCCGGACCCGGGGAGUCCCCCUUCUCUGAUAUGUCAGGCCCGGGCAUCCCCCUUCUCAAAACCACUGGGCCCAGGAUGUCUCCCUUCUCAGAACCAUGGGGCCUGCAGCCUCCCCCUACUCUGAUUUGCUGGGCUGGGGGCGUCCCCUUUUCAGAACCAGCGGGCCCAGGAUGUCCCCUUUCUCUGAUUGACUGGGCUUGGGGCAUCCCCCUUCUCUGAUCUGCCGGGCCCGGGGCGUCCCCCUUCUCAGAUCCAUCUGGCUGAGGGGUGUCCCCCUUCUCUGAUCCGCCGGACCCAGGGCGUCCCCUUUCUCUGAUCCACCAGACCCGGGGAGUCCCCCUCCUCUGUUCCAUCAGGUCCGGGGAGUCCCCCUUCUCUGAUUUGUUGGGCCCAGGGUGUCUCCCUUUUCAGAACCACGGAACCCAGGGUGUCCCCCUUUUCUGAUUGACCGGGCCCGGGGCAUCCUCCUUCUCUGAUCUGCCGGACCCGGGGAGUCCCCCUUCUCUGAUAUGUCAGGCCCGGGCACCCCCCUUCUCAAAACCACUGGGCCCAGGAUAUCUCCCUUCUCAGAACCAUGGGGCCUGCAGCCUCCCCCUACUCUGAUUUGCUGGGAUGGGGGCGUCCUUCCUGGCAGAACCAGCGGGCCCAGGGCGUCCCCCUUCUCUGAUCCGCCGGACCCGGGGAGUCCCCCUUCUCCGAUCCAUCGGGUCUGGGGAGUCCCGCUUCUCUGAUUUGUUGAGCCCAGGGUGUCUCCCUUUUCAGAACCACGGGGCCCAGGGUGUCCCCCUUCUCUGAUUCACCGGGCCCGGGGCGUCCCCCUUCUCUGAUCUGCCGGGCCCAGGGAGUCCCCCUUCUCUGAUAUGUCAGGCCUGGGCAUUCCCCUUCUCAAAACCAUUGGGCUCAGGAUGUCUCCCUUCUCAGAACCAUGGGGCCUGCGGCCUCCCCCUACUCUGAUUUGUCGGGCCCGGGGCGUCCCCCUUCUCUGAUGCACUGGACCCCAGGAGUCCUCCUUUUCAGAUCCGCCAGACCGGGCGGUGUCCCCCUUUUCAGAUCCGCCGGACCGGGCUGUGUCCCCCUCCUCUGAUCCACCGAGCCCAAGGCAUCCCCCUCCUUUGAUUGGCUGGGCCCAGGUUGUCCCCCUCCUCUGAUCCACCGGGCCCGGGGUGUCCCCCUUCUCUGAGCCCGCUCCCCCUGCCCACCAGGGCAGCUGCUGAGCCAGGUACCACUCUGAUGCCUUCCCUUUCUCCCUGGCAUGUCUGCCCUGGGUGACAUUUUUGAGAGCUCACGGUUGGCCACAUGGGUGGUCCUGGGACUGUGAGGGGAGAGCCAGGUGGGGCUGUGUGGGAAACGUCUUGGGGGGAGGG